AUGAAAGCCUCCAAGAUGAUGAGUUCUAAUCCUGAGGAAAGCCCUUUGGACACCUUUCUCCAGUAUAUUGAGGAUAUGGGGAUGAAGGCCUAUGAUGGCUUGGUUAUUCAGAAUGCAUCGGACAUUGCUCGAGAGAAUGAUCGCUUGAGAAAUGAAACAAACCUGGCCUACCUGAAGGAGAAGAACGAAAAACGCCGAAGACAGGAGGAAGCAAUAACACGCAUAGGCGGAGAAGUAGGGCGAGGCCACGAAGGAAGUUACGUGGGCAAACACUUCCGCAUGGGUUUCAUGACGAUGCCUGCUCCCCAGGACAGGCUGCCUCAUCCUUGCUCCAGCGGCUUUUCUGUGAGGUCGCAGUCGCUGCACUCAGUCGGGGGCACAGACGAUGACAGCAGCUGUGGCUCCCGGAGACAACCACCCCCCAAACCCAAGCGGGACCCCAGCACCAAGCUCAGCACGUCAUCGGAGACAGUCAACAGCAUGCCAGCCAGCAAGGGUGGGAAAGGCCCGGAGCGGACCGAAGUGUCAGCCAAACCAAGACCCCACAGUGAUGAAUAUUCAAAGAAGAUCCCUCCUCCAAAACCCAAACGGAAUCCGAACACUCAGCUCAGCACGUCUUUUGACGAAACAUACAUCAAAAAGCACGGGCCCAGGAGGACGUCGCUCCCACGGGACUCUUCUCUCUCCCAGGUGGGCAGCCCCGCAGGGGACCCAGAAGAGGAGGAGCCUGUGUACAUCGAAAUGGUGGGGAACAUUCUCAGAGACUUCAGGAAGGACGAUGACGACCAGAGCGAGGCCGUCUACGAAGAAAUGAAAUACCCCAUUUUUGACGAUUUAGGCCAAGACUCCAAAUGCGACCUUGACCAUCACAGUUGUUCUUCGCAGUGUGCUACUCCCACGGUGCCUGACUUGGACUUCGCCAAGUCCUCAGUGCCAUGUACUCCAAAGGGUUUGCUCUGUGACAUCCCCCCGCCCUUUCCCAACCUGCUCUCUCACAGACCCCCGCUGCUGGUGUUCCCGCCAGCACCCGUGCAGUGCUCCCCCAACUCAGAUGAGUCUCCGCUCACUCCGCUGGAGGUCACAAAGCUGCCUGUGCUGGAAAACGUGUCUUAUAUGAAACAGCAGGCCGGGGCGUCGCCAUCCUCCUUGCCAUCUCAUGCCUCCGGCCACUCCAAACUGGAGAAAGACCAGGCUGGGGCCCUGGGACCUGUUCCUGCCGCCUCCGUGCUCUCCUCAUCCCCUCCCCCGCCUUCCACCCUGUACCGAACGCAGUCCCCCCACGGCUACCCCAAAAGUCACUCCGCCUCCCCAUCACCGGUCAGCAUGGGAAGGUCCCUGACCCCGCUCAGCCUCAAAAGGCCUCCGCCCUAUGAUGCUGUGCAUUCAGGCAGCCUCUCCAGGAGCUCUUCAUCAGUGCCUCACUCGACCACGAGACCAGUGUCGCAGGACGGGAGUAAGAUGGUCAAUGCCGCAGUGAACACCUACGGGUCAGCUCCGAGUGGCUCCAGGUCCAGAACACCCACGAGUCCUUUGGAAGAACUAACCAGCCUCUUUACCUCCGGACGCAGCCUGCUGAGGAAGUCAUCCAGCGGCCGUCGUUCUAAAGAACCUGCAGAGAAAUCAACAGAGGAGCUGAAAGUCCGGAGCCAUAGCACGGAGCCAAUACCAAAGUUGGACAGCAAAGAGAGAGGACAUCAUGGGGCAUCUUCCUCCAGAGAGCCUAUCAAAGCUCAGGAAUGGGAUGGAACUCCUGGACCACCAGUGGUCACCAGUAGAAUGGGACGAUGCUCUGUGAGCCCCACCUUGUUGGCAGGAAACCACAGCUCAGAACCGAAGGUCAGCUGCAAACUCGGCCGGUCGGCAUCCACAUCAGGUGUGCCCCCUCCAUCAGUUACUCCUCUCAGGCAAGCCAGUGACCUGCAACAGAGCCAGGUGGCAUGCAUGCAGUGGUUUCAUGGAGACCAUACAAUGCUUGAGAUGAUUGAGAAAAAGCGUUGCUUGUGCAAAGAAAUAAAAGCUAGACAGAAAACGGAAAAGGGCCUUUGCAAACAGGAUAGCAUGCCUAUCCUACCCAGCUGGAAGAAGAAUGCAGGUGCAAAGAAGUACAGCCCUCCACCCUAUUCUAAACAGCAAACGGUGUUCUGGGAUACCGCUAUAUGACCCUGUGCAGAAUGGCGUGAGCUCCACAUUGCUUAACACGAAGAGGGAGGUCGACUCGGUCACGUGAUAAGUAACUGUUACAUAUCUUCUCAGUCAGAAUGGAAUGCCAGCGCUUCCCUGGAAAACCCAUGGGAAGUUGUGCCUAUUAGCGGCAAG